CCCAAAUGCCCCCACAAAAAGUCUCAUUCAUUCUCUCUUCCCCCCUCUUCUUAAAACCCUUUUGCUCCCUUAACUUUCAACCCACAAUAUUUUCACACCAAAAAAAAAAAAAAACCAAAAAACAAUCUCUCCUCCCCCUUCUUAUUCUGAAUUCCCCAAAUGGGUUUUGAUCACGAUCACGUUUGCAACACAGGCCUCGUUCUAAGGUUAGGUUUCUCACCGACGACCGCGACCGCGACCGCGACAGCGGCUAAGAAGCCGAGUACGACUACUAACAGUAGUAGUACUCCUUUUGAGCCUUCUUUAUUAACUUUGGGCCUCUCCGGCGGUGGAGAUGAGGCUCAUGACAACAACAACAACAACAACAACAGCAGCAGCAACAAUAACAACAACAGAAAGAUUAUUGAUGUGAGCAAAAGUUUCCACGAUCAUCAUCUUCAUCAGGAACCAGUACAAAACAACAAUAAUAGUAACAAUAACAUUAGUGUUCACGACAACAGCUUGUACCGCCAAGCGUCGCCUCACAGCGCGGUCUCGUCCUUCUCCGGCGGAAGGGUCAAGAGAGAGAGAGAUCUCAGCAGUGAAGAGAUUGAGGUUGAGGAGAAAGUUUCCUUAUCUAGAGUUAGUGAUGAAGAUGAAGAUGGUACUAAUGCCAGAAAGAAGCUUAGGCUUACCAAAGACCAAUCUGCCCUCUUGGAGGAAAGCUUCAAACAACACAGCACUCUCAAUCCUAAACAAAAGCAAGCUUUAGCCAGACAGUUGAAUCUUCGGCCAAGACAAGUUGAAGUAUGGUUCCAGAAUAGGCGAGCUAGGACAAAGCUGAAGCAAACAGAAGUGGAUUGCGAGUUCUUGAAGAAGUGCUGCGAGACAUUAACGGAUGAGAACAGAAGGCUACACAAAGAGCUACAAGAGCUCAAGGCUUUGAAACUAGCGCAACCCUUGUACAUGCACAUGCCGGCGGCGACGCUCACCAUGUGUCCGUCGUGCGAAAGGAUCGUCGGCGGCGUCGGCGGCGAUGUCGUUGGCGGUUCGGCCAAGAGCCCGUUUUCCAUGGCUCCUAAGCCACACUUCUAUAAUCCCUUCACCAAUCCUUCUGCUGCUUGUUGAUCAUUAGGGUUGUUAUUAUUAGGACAUAUCGUAGGAAAAGAAAAGAAGACAAAAUAAAAAAGAUUGUUCCUCAUAAUAUUCAUGAGAAGGACCAUGACCCCUAUAUUUUUUUUGGUUAAGGGUUUGUAAUGGAAGAUCAUUAGUGUAAUUAAUUUUAGAAAAAGAAAAAAAAUAGUAGCUACUGAUCA